AUGUUUAUAUCACCUUUCAUUCUUUUUUCUUUCAUUCUUUUUCAUUCUGGCAACAUUUUAUAUAAUUCUUUUCUUUCUUUUAUAUCAUGUUCACAAUUUAUAUAUUUUCUUUUCUUUGUUUCUUUUUCAAUCUUUCCAUGUUUAUAUGAUUUUUCUUCCUUUAUUUCCUCUCAUUUCAUUCUUUCUUUCAAUAUUCCUUCUUCCAUAUUGAUUUUUAUGUUUCUAUUCAUUUUUCCCUCCUCUUCCAUUUUUUCUCACCAUUUAUUUUAUCUUUUCUUUCUACUUUUUCCUUUGGUAACUUUUAUUUUCUUCUACACCAUUUUAUUGUUCUUUGUCACUUUUUUUAUCUCAUACUUUGCUUUUACUUUCUACUCCUCAAUAUUCCAUUAUUUCUUUCUUUCUUUCAGUCUGUUAAUGUUUAUAUAUUUUUCUCAUUCUUUCUUUCUUAAUUCAUCUAUCAAUGUUUAUAUAACUUUUUUAUUUGUUUCUGGCCAUAUAAUUUUUUCUUUAUUUUUUCUUUCAAUCCGUCAAAGUUUAUAUCACCUUUCAUUCUUUUUUCAUUCUUUCUUUUUCAUUCUGUCCACAUUUUAUAUAAUUCUUUUCUUUCUUUUAUAUCAUGUUCACAAUUUAUAUAAUAUUUUCUUUUCUUUGUUUCUUUUUCAAUCUUUCCAUGUUUAUAUGAUUUUUCUUCCUUUAUUUCCUCUCAUUUCAUUCUUUCUUUCAAUAUUCCUUCUUCCAUAUUGUUCCCUUCUAUUUAUAGGAUUCAUUAUUCUUUCUUUCCAUCUCAUUCAGCAUUUUUGUACCUUACUUUCUUCUUUUGUUUUCUCUCAUUCUACUCUCCCUUAUUUAUUUGAAUUACAUUUAGCUUCUUGCUUGUUCUUAAUUCUUUUAAUAUUCUUUCAUAUAUCUCGUCAUGAAUAUUUUCCCAUUUCUUUGUUUAAUUAUUCUCCGUCUUAA